GGAAAAAAUCAAAAACAGUAGGCUUUUUCCUCGUGCUAACCUAACCUUUUUUCGAAUUUUCCUUUUGACAUUAAGUUAUUGCAUCUAAUUCGAGCUAUCAAGUUCUAUUUAUGCAGCUGAAUUUUGCAGGAGAAAAAAAGAUUUCAGCGUUUACAAUCCAUGGACCUUAAGAAGCUCAAAAAUAUUGAAAAUUCAGUGCGCAUUGGAGGUAAAGGAUCAGUGCGCCGCAAAUUCAAAUACAUUCAGAAAUCAGCUGCCGCCGUAGAAAAGCGCCUUGCGGCUGCCAUUGGCAACUUGUCGCUCUAUCAGUAUCCGGGAAUCCACGAAAUAAGCUUUCAAAUGUCCGACUCCAGUGAGAUUAAUGUGAUUGGACCGAAAGCGGAGGGUUCGGUGGCAAGCAACGUGUUUCUGUUUACCAGCCAGAUGUUUCCCUCACCGCCGCAGAUUGCCAAGAAACCUCCGAAGCAUAAGCCAUUGACAAAACGUAAUAAUCCCAAGAGUGCACCCACCAAGAAAUGCAAGAAACCUCGCCGUGGCGAUUUUGAGGUUCAGAUGCGUCGCUAUUCCAACGGGAGCAGCAACAGCAGCAGCAGCGAUGAAACGCCAUAUCGCCAGGGUGUCACUAAAUCUGGUUCGGACAAGCCCAUAAGCGAUUCGGAUGUCUCCGAUAUGGAGAUGAAUCUCGGUCCUUUGACCGAAGCCGAAAUUGCCAAACUGAAGAAUUCGUUGACCCCGGAGGAUUCUCCCGAUGAUGAAGAGGUUUCUGAAGCUGGUGCUACUGCAGCUGUUGACUCUGAAUUUUAUUUAUCAAGUUCGUCUUCUGAUGUUGAAAUAGUUAACCAAGAAAUCGAAACCAUUGCGAUUUCCUCCGAUGAUGAGGAGGCUAAGCGCUCUGAUGUACUGGAUGAAUUGGAAUCGGAUAGCGAAUUUCGCAAUAAUUUGGUAAAGACCGAUUCCGAAGAUACCAGCGAUUAUCCAGAUUCAGGGGAUGAGCGCUUAAUGUGUUAUUUUGCUGCAAGCAGCCUGGUUGAGGUUGAAGUAGAGGCGUUUCUCGAAGAUGCAGAUGAGGCCACUAAUUACCAGGAUGGUGGUGACCCCGAGGAGUCCUCAAAUUCGGAGGACAUGACAGCUGAGGCUGAGCUAAAUGCUAUCCUGGAUGGAAUCGAAUCAGAUAAUGAACUCUUCGAUCCGAGGGAGAGAACCUAUACCGACGAUGGUCAUGACGAAUCCGGUGAGCAUUCCAAUGCGGAGGACAACUAAGGUGGAAGUUCUCGAACGCCGGAAAACUCAGAAAAAAUACUCAUAUACUCAAAUUAAUCAAAUUUAAAAGAAAAAGAAGUAAAAUGUAGCUGCGAUGCCAAAACA